UCUGCUUCAGAAAAAAGAUUUUAUGGCACAAAAUCCUCAUGUUUUGGGAAUCUAAAGCUGAGGAUCACCGGAAUAUUGAAGCAUUUCUGAAGAACUAUGAGCCAUAUGCUCCAAAAAGAUACAACUAUACAGAUAUCAAGCGAAUCACCAGUCGCUUCAAAAACAAACUAGGCCAAGGAGGAUUUGGUAAUGUUUACAGAGGAAGUUUGCAUAACGGGAGUCAAGUGGCAGUGAAGGUCCUGAAUGAACUAAAAGGCAGAGGUGAAGAUUUCAUUAACGAGGUUGCAAGUAUUAGCAGGACAUCGCAUGUUAACAUAGUGAGCCUUGUGGGAUUUUGUUUUGAGGGACACAAAAGAGCUCUAGUAUAUGAAUUCAUGCCAAAUGGAUCUCUUGAAAAGUUUAUCUAUGAGGAAAGAUCUGACACUGUUCGCCAAUUGGGGUGGCCAAUACUGUACAAAAUUGCACUAGGCAUUGCUCGAGGAUUGGAGUACUUGCAUCGUGGUUGCACCACUCGAAUUUUGCAUUUUGAUAUAAAGCCUCAUAAUAUCCUACUCGAUGACAAUUUUUGUCCUAAAAUCUCUGAUUUUGGUCUUGCCAAACUGUGCAUGAAACAGGAGAGUAUCGUGUCAAUGCUAGGUGCACGAGGGACUAUCGGUUAUAUUGCUCCAGAAAUUGUUUGCAGAAAUUUGGGAGGUGUCUCUCACAAGUCUGACGUCUAUAGCUAUGGAAUGAUGGUCCUAGAAAUGGCUGGAGGAAGAAAAAAUGUUGAUGUGGGAGUUGAUCGCACGAGUGAAAUCUACUUUCCUCAUUGGCUCUAUCAGAGAAUUGAACUAGAUGAAGAGCUUCAACUAAUUGGGAUAAUGAAUGAAGAGGAGAAAGAAUGUGCAAGAAAGAUGGUGAUGGUGAGUUUAUGGUGCGUACAGACUGAUCCGAAAAAUCGACCAUCCAUGAGCAAGGUUGUGGAAAUGUUAGAAGGGAACCUAGGCUCUUUGCAAAUUCCUCCAAGGCCUUACUUAUAUUCUCCCGCAAGAUCAGAGGUUGAUUCAUCAGCAGUAGAACUGGCCUAGUCUUUAUUCGUUGAUCUGUCAGCUGUUAUUUGUCUAGUCUUAUUUAGUUGGUAACUUUUAGCAAAAGCUGGUAUUGUUGCCUCUAUUUUUCUUCAACUACUGAAUUUAUAACUCCCUUUGUACCAUUUUAUGAGACGCAUUUUUCCUUUUUAGUCUAUCCCAAAAAGAAUGACAUUUUUA